CGCUGAGGGCGGCGGACGCAGGGGAGGGGGCUCCGCCUCACGGAGGCCUCCAUAGGCCCCUAUAGGCCCCAUAGAGACCCAUAGCGCCCCAUAGAGGCCCCAUAGAGCCCCAUAGAACCCUAUAGAGCCCCUAUAGAGGCCCCAUGUCGGGGCCGGGGGUGAAGCGCGGAGCCCCCGAGCCCGGGGGGGGCCCCCCGGAGAAGAAGCCCCCCCGGGAGGAGCAGGCCCCGACCACCCUCAUUGAGCCCCUGCGGCUGGGGGGGAUCUCGUCCACUGAGGAGAUGGACCUCAAGGUGCUCCAGUUCCGCAACAAGCGCCUGGCCGAGCGCCUGGAGCAGCGUCAGGUGUGUGAGGAUGAGCUCCGGGAGCGCAUCGAGCGCCUGGAGGAGCGACAGGCCACCGACGACAGCACCUUGAGGCUGGUCAACCGCUCCUGGGGGCAGCUCGAGGCUGAGGUCCAGGCUCUGCUCCGACGCUGUGAGGGGGUGGGGGGGGCUCCGGCCCCGCCCCCUGACCCCCCCGAGCCCCGCCCAGAGGGACCUGACCCCCCCCCGGCCCCCCCCGGAGAGGGGGAGGGGCCUGAAAGGAGGGAUCCAUGGCCAGGCCCCUGCUCCACCCCCCCCUCUGUUCCCAUUGGAACCAGCCCCGGAGCCGCCUCCUUCCUAUUGGCCCUGAGCCGGCAGGGGGCGGGGCCUGGAGCCGGAGGGGCGGGGCCUGGGGCCGGAGGGGAGGGGCUUCGGCCGGCGCUGACCUUUGCCCCCCAGGCGGUGGCGCGCCUGGUGCACGCGCUGGCGCGGGCUCAGGAGAGAGCGCGAGCUGCCGGAGCCAGGCUGGUGGGGUGUGCGGAGCUGCCCGAGCCAGGCCGGGCUCUGCUGCGGGAGCUGCUCCGGGAGCACCGGAGGCUGCAGGACCUGACCCUGCAGCUGCAGGAGAAGCAUCACCGCGAGUCCCUGGAGCUGGCAGAGCUUCAGGACAAGGCCACGACAGCCGAGACGAAGGUUCUGGAGAUGGGGACCACACUGGAGGGGCUGCAAUGGGACAGUGCUAAACUGCGCAAGAGGGAGGGCCGCCUGGACCGGCGCCUGGCCGAGGCCCUGGAGCAGCUGACCUCUGGCUCCUAUGGCUCCGCCAGCUCCGGAGGCUUCCAAGGGGGACAGAUCACCCUCAGCAUGCAAAAGUUCGAGAUGCUGAACCAGGAGCUGGAGGGGAACCAGGAACUGGCCAACAGCCGAAUGGCUGAGCUGGAGAAGCUACAGCUGGAGCUGCAACAGGCGGUCAGGGGGCACGAGCGCCUCAAGGUGGCGCUGCGCUCCCUGCCCGAGGAGGCCGUCAAGGCCACCCUGGAGUACAAGGUCCUGCAGUCCCAGUUCUCGCUGCUCUACCACGAGAGCCUCCAGGUGAAGACUCAGCUGGAUGAGGCCAGAGCCCUAUUGCUGAGCACCAAGAACAGCCACCUGAGGCACAUCGAGCACAUGGAGAGCGACGAGCUGGGGGUCCAGAAGCGCCUGCGCACGGAGGUCAUCCAGCUGGAGGACACCUUGGCCCAGGUGCGCAAGGAGUAUGAGAUGCUGAGGAUUGAGUUCGAGCAGAACCUGGCGGCCAAUGAGCAGGCAGGCCCCAUCAACAGGGAGAUGCGUCACCUCAUCAGCAGCCUCCAGAACCACAACCAUCAGCUCAAGGGGGACGUCCAGCGCUACAAGCGGAAGCUGCGGGAGGUGCAGGCCGAGAUCAACAAGCUCCGCCUCCAGGCCUCCGGCGCCCCUCCCCCUUCCCCCAUCGUCGACGAAGCCCCCACCCCCUCCUCCGCCCCUCCCCCUCCCCCCACCUCCGGCCCCGCCCCCCCUCCCACUGGCCCCGCCCCUUUAAAAGAGGAGGACGUGGGCGUGGCCCCACCUGGCCCCGCCCCCUCCGACCCCAAGCGGGAGGACGUGGCCCCGCCCCCUCGCCGGGAGGAGGAGGAGCCUCCGGCCCCAAGCCCCGCCCCCUCGGCCACCCCUCCCCCUCCCCGCUCCAAGGAGCCCCCCCUGCCUGGAGCAUCACGGGAGAGGGGGAGGGGCAAGGGGGGGGGAGGGGGGGGAGGGGGAGGAGCCAACCCAGCCCCUCCCCCACCCGAGGAGGCCAAGAAGAAGGAUUCGGAGCUGCUCAAACAGCUGCGGGGGGAGCUCAAGAAGGCUCAGGAGAGCCAGAAGGAGAUGAAGCUGCUCUUGGACAUGUACAAGUCGGCACCAAAGGAGCAGAGGGACAAGGUGCAGCUGAUGGCGGCUGAGAGGAAGAGCAAGGCUGAGGCGGAGGAGCUCCGCUGCCGCGCGCGGGAGCUGGAGGAGCGCGAGCGCCGCGAGAGCAAGAAGCUGGCGGAUGAGGAGGCCUUGAGGAGGCUGCGGGCGGGGGAGGAGCACAUCGAGGCCCUGCAGCGCCGCCUGGCGGCCACCAAGCAGGAGGAGGAGGCCCUGCUGUCCGAGAUGGACGUGACCGGCCAGGCCUUUGAGGACAUGCAGGAGCAGAACCUGCGGCUGCUGCAGCAGCUGCGUGAGAAGGAUGAUGCCAACUUCAAGCUCAUGUCCGAGCGCAUCAAAGCCAAUCAGAUCCACAAGCUGCUGCGAGAGGAGAAGGACGAGCUGGCAGAGCAGGUGCUGGCGCUCAAGGCACAGGUGGACGCGCAGCUGCUGCUGGUGCAGAAGCUGGAGGAGAAGGAGCGAGGGCUGCAGAGCAGCCUGGGGGCAGUGGAGAAGGAGCUGGCGCUGAGGAGCCAGGCACUGGAGCUGCACAAGAGGAAGGCAGUGGAAGCCGCUCAGCUGGCCGAGGACCUGCGGGCACAGGGGGAACAUGUCCAGGCCAGACUGAGGGAGCUGCAGAGCUGUGCAGCUGAGAACAGGGCAGCCAAGGACAAGGAGUCCCUGAGCCUCAAGAGGGCACAGGAGGAGCUCUCUCGCCUGCGCCGGAAGCUGGAGAAGCAGCGCAAGGUUGAGGUUUAUGCUGAUGCCGACCAAAUCCUGCAGGAGGAGAUCAAGGAAUAUCGGGCCCGCCUGACCUGCCCCUGCUGCAACGCCCGCAAGAAGGAUGCUGUGCUCACCAAGUGCUUCCAUGUCUUCUGCUUCGAGUGCGUCCGGAGCCGCUACGAGACCAGGCAGAGGAAGUGUCCCAAGUGCAACGCGGCCUUUGGGGCCCAUGACUUCCAUAGGGUCUACAUCAGCUGAGCUCCAUAGAGACACAUAGAGACACAUAGAUACCCUAUAGGGACCCAUAGAGAC